AUGACUUUCCUUGGUCUGGGACUGGGGGCCCUCAUGUUCCUGGGAUACUGCGUUUACUUUGACCGGAAGCGGCGGUCGGAUCCCAACUACAGGCGGCUUGUGCACGAGAGGCGUCAUCGGCAGCGCUUGCAGACCAUGCGGCGUCACGUCGCCGAUCGGGAACAAGUGGCAAUGGCGCUCGACCCCAAUGACCAGGCGGCCCUCGAGCUAUACUUCCUCAGCGAGAUGAAGACGGGCGAGGAGCUCAUCAGCCAGGGUCGCCUGGAUGAAGGCCUGACGCACUUGGCCAACGCCAUUGCAUUGUGUGCGCAGCCGACGAAGCUCCUGGAGAUUCUCCAGGCCACCUUUCCGGAGUGUAUCUUUCGGCCGUUGGUAGCCAAGCUGCUGGAGAUGCGCCAGCGCAACUGA